AUGGCGGGCAUCGCGCACCGAGCAAACGAUUCAUCGCCAGCUACUCGCAAACGGAAGCGCCAUGAGGACAGCUCGGAUAGGCCGCAGAGUGUCGAGAAGGGCAGUAGGAAGAAGAAGAGUUCUACUGCCGAGUUAUCUCAGAAAGGAGUCGGAGAAAGGUCUACCAGCCCAAAGACAAGUUCGGAAGCGUGGGCGGCGAGUAAUGGGCAUUCGGUCCUUCGGGAGGAAGCAGAGGACAAGACGGCCCUUUCAGUGGAAGACAAACUUGAUGGGAGAAACAAGAAGGAAAGCAGUAGAGGAAUGGCAGACAGAUCUGAUAAGCAGACUCGAAAACAUGAAGCUCGGGGUACAGCAUCCACGCGAGAUGGUACCGGACGCAAAGUGAUAUCAAUUACCGAUGAGGAUGAUGCAAAGACGAAAAGACAUAAAAAGAUUAUGUCCAGGUACGAAAAAGCGAGGAGAAGUGCAGCAGACCAAGCUUUGCCUGAUUUAAAAGAAAAUGAACUGCCAGCGGGGGAGGCGAAAGAGGAAGCUCAUGGCCUAGUGCCUUUGCCGCAACCUGCCCCUGCGCCCAGCGAUUCUGCAGCACCAUCUUAUUCUACUCUUCCUCCAUGGUUGGCAGCCCCCUCAAAGGCCUUGCCUGGGUUUCGAUCAAGUUUUUCGAAUCUGGGGUUGGGUGCAGACCUAGUUGACGUUCUCAAAGACAAGGGAUACACAGAGGCUUUGCCGGUUCAGUCAGCAGUGAUACCUCUGCUUGCAAAAGGACCUACAAGAUACACCGGAGAUAUUUGUGUCUCGGCCGCCACUGGGUCAGGUAAAACUUUGGCAUACGUUCUACCCCUUUUUGCUGGACUCAAACGUCUGCCCGUUGCCAAGCUACGGGCUGUGAUUAUUGUUCCUACGAGAGAGCUAGUCAAGCAGGUUCGUGAUGCAUGCGAACUCUGUGCUAGUGGCUCGGGGCUUCGAAUUGGCACCGCCGUGGGCUCAACUGCUCUAAAGGAUGAGCAGACUCAGAUCAUGAAGCAGACUCGCAUGUACAGGCCGGAAAGCACCGGGAGCCAGUGUGACAGGGAGAUGACAGCAGAUGAAUGGGCCUCUUUCAGCCUGACAGACUAUAUUGCUGAAGCAGAGGAGUACAGCAAGACAUUACCAGACCAUGUUAUAGAAUGGUCUCCUUGUGUCGAUAUACUGAUAUGCACUCCUGGCAGACUUGUUGACCAUAUCCGGUCUACCAAAGGAUUUAUACUGGACUCUCUUGAAUGGCUGAUCAUUGAUGAAGCUGACCGGUUGCUCAACGAGAGCUUUCAGGAGUGGGUAGAGACUGUUCUGCCUGCCUUGGAUACAAAGGAGCAAUCUACCACCACCGGCCCACUACAACAACUAACGAAGGGAUUCAGCUUUCCACUAGGGUCCCGGAAUCUUCAGAAGGUUAUACUUAGUGCGACCAUGACUCGAGAUAUAACGAAGCUGAAUUCACUGCGACUACAUAAUCCUAAACUUGUUGUUGUUGAUGGUGCAGACAUGAACGAUGCCACGAGAAAUGGAGAGACAGGGCCAGAUAGUAAUAUCACCCUACCAUCACUCCUAGAUGAAAGUUUGAUACCUGUAGGCGAUGGGUCCGAAAAGCCUCUCUACCUGUUGAAGUUGCUGCAGACACAUAUCGGCAUGGCCGUUGAGGAGAAGACCAGGACGAAAACCAGACAGAUGUCCGUCUCCUCAAACCCAGGUGACUCCAGUGACUCUAGUAGUCUAUCAGAGGACUCUAUAUCCUCCUCAUCUGCCUCCACAUCUUCAUCAUCAUCAGAUGAUGAUGACUCGUCUGAUUCUAGUUCAGAUUCAGAUUCAGAAUCGUCUGUAAGCGGCGACUCAUCCACCGGGAACGAACGAAAUAACACACCUCGUUCAGUCCUCAUAUUCACAAAAUCAUCAGAGGCAGCAUCGCGACUAUCACGUCUGCUUGCCCUCAUGUAUCCAUAUCUGGACGGAAAGGUUGGAACUCUCAUCAAAUCCAACAAAUCCAGCACCUCACGGAGGGCUAUCUCAGGUUUUCAAAAGGGGAAAAUACAAAUCAUCGUUGCAACAGAUCGUGCCUCUCGUGGCUUGGAUCUUCCUCUGUUAGACAAUAUCAUCAACUAUGACAUUCCCAACAGCUUGACAACAUAUGUUCAUAGAGUUGGCCGUACUGCCAGAGCCGGCAGGCCUGGUUCUGCCUGGAGUCUGGUGACCCAUAGCGAGGGUAGGUGGUUUACAAACGAUAUCGCUAGAGGAAGUGUGAACAGGGCUGCUGGCAAGACGAUCAAGCGGGUGGCCAUGAAACUGGACGAUAGGGGCAUGGCUGACUUGCGGGAAAGAUACGGCAAGGCUUUGAAACAGUUGGAGGCUGAGGUAGUGGGUUUCCGAAAGGGAGUAGACAAAGAGAGGCCAGCUAGAGCAGCCCCUUAA